AUCGCCUCAUCGAUCACAGCCAUUUGCUUCAGAGAGAGAGAGAGAGGGAGACACAUCGAGCUCGAGCUAGUGAGUGAAAGAUAAGACUUGUGAUCUUUAAGUGACAAGGAAGCUUAGCUUGCCGGCCAGAGAUAGAAAGAUGGGUAUGGGGUGGAAAGUUCUGGACGAUGUGAAGCCGUACCUGGCGAUGGUGCUGCUGCAGGUGGGGUUCGCCGUGGCGUCCCUCAAGGCCGGGAUGAGCCACUUCGUCCUCGUCGUCUACCGUAACCUCGUCGCCACCGCCGUCAUGACGCCCUUCGCCAUCUAUUUCGAGAGGGGACUGAGGCCAAAGAUGACAAUCACCAUCUUCAUCAAGGUCAUGGGGCUCGCAUUCCUCGAACCCGUCAUGGACCAGAACCUAUACUUCAUGGGCGCGAAGCUGACCUCGGCGGGAUUCGCGACGGCGCUCGUCAACAUUCUCCCGGCUGUCACCUUCGUGCUGGCCCUCAUCCUGCGCAUGGAGAAGGUGCGGCUCCGGAGCCUGCACAGUCAAGCCAAGAUAGCCGGCACUGUCCUCACGGUGGCCGGCGCUGUGUUGAUGGUCCUGUACCACGGUCCCAUCGUGCAGUUCCCAUGGACCAAGGGCCAGCACCACGCCAUCGCCAGUGGCCAGGUCGCCGGCGGCGCGGCCGCCGCGCGGGACUGGCUGAACGGGACUAUCAUGGUCAUCAUCGCCUGCGUGGCCUGGGCAUGCUUCUUCAUCCUCCAGUCCAACACGCUCCGGAGCUACCCGGCGGAGCUGUCGCUCACCGUGCUCAUCUGCGGCAUGGGAUCCCUGAUGAGCGGCGCCAUCGCCCUCGUCGCCGAGCGCGCCAACACCCAGGCGUGGGUCAUCGGCUUCGACACCCGCCUCUUCACCGCCGUUUACGCCGGCAUAGUGUGCUCCGGCGUGGCAUACUACGUGCAGGGCAUCGUGUCGAGGCAAAGGGGUCCUGUGUUCGUGACGGCCUUCAACCCGCUCUGCAUGAUCAUAACCGCCGUCAUGGGCUCCAUCAUUCUCAAGGAGGAGAUCAAUCUCGGAAGUGUGAUUGGUGCAGCCAUCAUCGUGGGGGGGCUCUACUUUCUCAUCUGGGGCAAGAGCAAGGACGAGAUUAACAAAGUGUCCGACGUUAGCGUCAAGGGCGCCGGCGAGCUGCCCUUAAGCUCGGUGUCCAGCGGCAAGCAGCACGACUUCGGAAACGGCAACGGCAACGGCAAGCAGCACGACUUCGGAAACGGCAACGGCGGCCAUGUCUUGGACGUCGAGACGCGGACGACCAAUGGCCACUACUUGUCAAGGGAUCUACCGGAGUAGGCGAAUAGCUACGUGUUAUACGUCCACCCAUCUUCCAUCGACCACUAUUCCUAGUUUUUUACUGGUA